CACCGGUGGGAUCAAACGUGUUUUGCUUUCGCUCCUCCGUGCUUUGAAGUACACAUACAAUAUACAGUUGAUAGCAGAGAGAAGUGUUGGUGUGAGUGUUUGUGAUUACCCUUUAAUGGAUGCCAUUCUGCGCAUCAUCCCAUUCGAUGUCGAGAAGAUCUAGUAGGCGCAGCACCCCCAGCAACAAGGGGGGCGCCAUCAAUCGUUCCAAAGCUGGCACCGAUGUCAUAGCAACCAUCGACAAACAAAGCCAUCGCAAAUCGAAUCCCAGAUCGCAACCCGCGAUGGAUCGCCGUCGCCUGUCAGCGCAUUCCGAUUCGUCCCAGGAACCGAUGGAUAUAAGUUCCUCCAACCGGACGGCGAGCAGCACCGAUACGAACAAUUCUUCCCUGAACAAUAACAACAACAGCAGUCGGUUGUUGAGUAAAACCGCAGCCUCGGUAAGUGCGGAUUCGGAUAAUGUUGAUUCGGAUGAGGACCAGCGUCGUUCGAUGCAGCAUCUGUUCCAGGCCCGUCACAACGCGCGAAGCGAAAAUCUGCAUCAGGUGAUGGACAACAUGCUGAGGCGUAAAUUUCAUAGUCUCAAUAAUAACAACUACAGCGGAAAGCACCUCCCAGCUUCGGUGGGUACAACGCUACUGCAGCAGCAUCUGGCGGCAGCGGCUAAUGAUAACAACCUAACCGAGAUGGAGGGUAAGAAAUAUGUGUGCCCAAUUUGCGAUAUAGUUUCGGUGACGAAGCACGAUUUUACCGAGCACAUCCGGUCACACAACAACAGCAAAUCAUCGUCUGGCGAUCGGGACAAUGGCGAGGGUGGCCAGUUUGUGUGUAAAAUCUGCUCGAAAGUCCUAUCGUCCGCUUCCUCGCUGGAUAGGCACGUCCUGGUGCACACCGGCGAGCGGCCCUUCAACUGUAAGUACUGCAAUCUGACGUUCACGACAAAUGGAAAUAUGCAUCGACAUAUGCGAACCCACAAGCAGUCCGAGCGGGAGAGUUACGAGAGUGAUGGGUCCACCGAUAGUGGUGGGAGUAGUGCGGCUAGUAGUGGGAUGUCUAACAAUAACAACAAUAGCUACAAUAACAACUACGAUGGUGAGGGUAAGCGGAAGAAUGCGGAUGAGAAUGUCCACUACAAGCGCAAGAUACGCACGAAUAAUAAUAACAACAUUCUGGACGGAAGUGUCACAGAAGGGGUGCAGAAGUUCUGCUGCCCGGUUUGCGUCCGGAACGAUUUCUCCAGCAUGAUCAGUUUGGAGAACCACAUGGACCGCGAGCAUCCGCAAAUUCCAGCCAAAUGUCGCCACUGCGAGAUGGUUUUUAAGACCUAUAAAGCCUUGAAUGCCCAUCGCUGUGGUAACAACAACUACCAGAAUAUUACCCCCGGGUUUAAGGACCUAACCUUUGUGGACUUUUCCAGCGAAAAGUUCCCCCUGAUAGCGAAGAGUGUCUGCGAGCAGAGCAUCCGGACGCCGGUUACGAGUCAGAAGUUUGAAUGCUCUAAAUGCUAUCGAGCGUUUCCCUGCUCGAAGACGCUCGAUAUGCACGUGCGAGAUUGUGGCGUGUCGGAUUACAGCUCCAGCGGAGGUGGUGGCGAGAAGCGUAAGUGGAAAACCAGCGAAGCUUCCUCGGAGGACGACCUGAAGCGGGACGAUUUCUUUGCCAAUCUUGACCUGCAGAACAAAUCCAUGUCGACGAACAUCUCUUCGAACGUUUCGGAAGCCCCCACCACGCCAUCCUCCCUGGACAAGUCGUUCUCCUCGCCGAUCAUGGCCAGGGAGAUUAAACAGGAGCCAAACUAUUACCACCACAGCGGUGCCAACUAUCCGCCCCAGCAGGAUACCAAAGAUCUCGCCGACAUCCAGUCGAUCAUCAAUGUCACCUCGUCCGGGGGAUUCUUCCGACAGCUGGACAAAGACCCCUACCCACCCAUGAAGGACGAAGAGGAAGCUCAGGAUGCGUUCACCGCCGAGUUCCGCAAGAUGAAACUUCGGGGUGAGUUUCCUUGCCGUCUGUGUACUGCUGUUUUUCCAAACCUGCGAGCCUUGAAAGGUCACAAUCGCAUUCACGUCUCGGCAGCCGGUUUGGGGCCCUAUCGUUGCAACAUGUGCCCGUACGUGAUCAACGACAAAGCGACUUUGAUUCGGCAUAUGCGAUCGCACAACGGAGAUCGGCCGUACGAAUGUGCCCUCUGCAAUUACGCCUUCACCACCAAAGCCAACUGCGAACGCCAUCUCCGCAAUCGUCAUGGUCGGGCCACACGGGAGGAAGUCAAGCGCGCCAUCAUCUAUCAUCCCUCGGAGGAUUCCUCCUGCGAGGAUCCGCUCAAGAAAAUGCAAAUGUUCAACACCCCUCCGGGGGAUUUUGAUCGUGACGUGGACGUCGAUCACCCCUCGGGUCGCAGCACACCGGUGUCCCAUCUGAAGGAGAUGCUGAUGCCCAUCCCGAUGAGUCUAGUCACCAAAAUCGAUAGCACUCCGAUUCCCACGACGCCAGCCAAAAUUCAGGUCAAAAGCUUGGAGAAACUCAAUCAAUUAACGCCUCCCCAGGAUCAGGACUACGAGAAGGAAGCUCCGCAAACUCCCAUCUCUCAACCAACUCCAGAUACGGCUCGUCCCAUGGAUCUUAGCAUGGAUGCGUUAGAUUUGAGUAAGAAACCUGAACCGAUCAUUCGUCGAGAGCAUGAUGCCGACUCUGAUCAUCCUCGAUCGGACGCCGAAGAUGACGAAGAAGAUCGCGUCGACGAUGACGACGCUGAAGAUGAAGACGAAGAGGAACAGCAGCCGGCCAAAAUUCCCAAACUGGAUCUCUCGCUGCUGGAGAAAAACCAACAACAAAUCCAACUCAUGCAGCAGAAGCUCUUCAGUGAAGCUCUCUCCAAACUGGACCCCGCUCACUAUUUCCAGCUUAGCCAGCUGUACAGCCGCUUCAGCUUCCCGGCGGCAGCGGCCUUUCCCCUGCAUCCACUAUUCCUCCAAAACCCUCUACUGUGCGCUCCGGGCGCCCUCGGUGACCUGAAAAACUUCUUCCCCAAAGAGUUCCCCAUAUUGCCACAAAUGUCCGGCGGAAGUCUCAUCGGAAAUCCAUUCCACUCGCCAGCCGAAUCACCGAAAAGCACUUCGGACACAACGCCGGUUAAACACGCUCAACAACUCUCACCCCAAGCCAUGCCAAAUCCUCCUCCUCCUGCGCAGCAGCAGCAGAAGCCGCAAUCACAAAUCCUUCCACCGCAUGCGGUGCAUUCGCACCAUCAAGCCCCACCACCACCACCCCCACUACCACCGUCCUCUUCGGCUAACUCCUCCCCGAUGUCAGCGAUCCCCCUCGGCAACGGGCCCGUCAAAAUGGUCAUCAAAAAUGGAGUCCUAAUGCCAAAACAGAAGCAACGCCGCUACCGAACCGAGCGUCCCUUCGCCUGUGAACACUGUUCGGCCCGAUUUACGUUACGCUCGAACAUGGAGCGCCACAUCAAACAGCAGCAUCCCCAAUUUUGGUCCCAGCGACAGCGUGGCGGACAUCAUAUGAUGAGAGGUCGUGGUCACUCGGUUUCCUCAAUGGCUUCGAACGUUAGUCCAAGUUUGUCCCACCCCCAUCCGCAUCAUCAUCAUCAUUCGCAACAGCAGCAGCAGCAGCAACAACAACAGCAACACCAUCACCACCAAUCGAUGGCCGCAGCAGCAGCUGCUGCGGCAGCUUUUGGUGGAAUCUCCGACCAGGUUAAGUACGCCAUUUUGGCUCAACAGUCGGGUAAAGCUGCGGCCCAUCAUCGGCCCCCAGUUGCUGCGGAUGCUGCCAGCACCAUGCUGCAAAACAUCAUUGCUCAAGGACAGAAUCCGUUUGGGUCGCAUCAUUCGAUGCCACAGCAUCAAGAGCAUCAACAUUCCAGCCGGGGAUCGAGUGCCAAUCAUCAUGCCGCCAACAAUGGUCACCACGGGCUCGACGACGAGGAAGAGGAAGACGAACGGGAACUGGUGAUCGAUGAGGAGUUCCAACCGGAAGACCUCAGCAAGGGCAAUGAAUCCGAUCAGGAGCUGCCGCAACCGGUGGUUGCUCGGAAUCAGGAGAGUCCCGUUUUUCAGCAUAAAAUUUUGAAGCAAAAGCUGGAGGAAAGUAAGGAACAACGGCAGCAGGCAGCGAAAGCCGUUGCCGAAGGAAUUCUCGAGCAGGCAAUGCGUCAACGUAAGGAAGUGGAGAAAGAGAAGGAACCCAGCGCCCCUAAGGGGGCGGACGAGAGCGAUCUGGUGUCCGUCUCAAAGCUGGUGGACAACGCAACGAACGUCGCCUUCGAGAACUAUUUUAGCAGACCUGACGUGCCGCUGUCCCAGGAUCAAAGCGACGAGGAGGGUCUGGUGGCGUCCGGCUCGGCUUCCGAGAGCAACAACUCCGGUACCGAUGAUCCGAACCCAUCCACGCUGCAGCAGAAGAAAAAAUCCGCCUACAGUUUAGCACCGAACCGGGUCAGCUGUCCGUACUGCCAGCGGAUGUUCCCCUGGUCGAGUUCCCUACGGCGUCACAUCCUCACCCACACCGGCCAGAAACCGUUCAAAUGCUCGCAGUGCACGCUACUUUUCACCACCAAAUCCAACUGCGAUCGUCAUCUGCUCCGGAAGCAUGGCGACGUCGAGUCGGCCAUGUCCAUCCCCGUGCCGAUCGACGAUCUGCUGGAUCCGAAGCCGGAACCGAUUCCGGUUGCCGUUGCCGAAGCCAUUGCCAAAUCGAAAAGCACACCACCAACUUCUCGACCGGCCAGUCCGAAGCCGCCACAAAUCACUGCUCAACCGCCUCCCACAGCGACGAAAGAUGACGAAUCCGAACCUCCGAUCAAAUCCAAACCAGAAAAAGUACCCCCACCAGCAGCACCAGCUGCAGCUGAAGAGGAAGAGGACGACGACGAGGAAGACCAAUUCGAACCGAUCCCCUCCCCGGAACCAUCUUCGAUGGUUAAAGUCAAAGAAGAACCACAAGCUCCGGCGGACGAAAACUCCUCGCUGCCGGCCAUCAAUUCGGAUCUUCCCUUUAAGUGUCACCUAUGCGAGGGCUCCUUCGCGGAUCGGGUUUCCUGUCUGGAUCACAUCAAGCAGAACCACGUCCAGGAGUUUGCCCUGCUCAUGAACAAGGUAACACUCGAGACGGAAAGCGAAGCACCCUCGGCCUCACCGGAUGACGACGAAAGCGGUAACAAUGGCGAGGGUUGUGGCCGGGGUGGAAAGUAUCCCGACUACGCCAAUCGGAAGGUAAUUUGCGCCUUCUGUCUGCGUCGCUUCUGGUCGACGGAAGAUCUGAGACGGCACAUGCGAACGCAUUCCGGCGAGCGUCCGUUCCAGUGCGACGUCUGCCGCCGCCGGUUCACCCUGAAACACAGCAUGCUGCGCCACCAGCGCAAACACAAAUGUUCCCGCCUGAAUGGUUCCACGACGACCAACGGAAAAACCUUUGUCGCUUCGUCCGAUUUCAGCGAUGAUGAACCGGAGGUGGCAGCGCCACCCCCAGCAGCAGCAGCAGCCUGCACUCGAUCCAAGACACAACACCAACAGCUGUUUGGCAGCAAUUCGGCUGACCUGAUCGGUAACCUGCUGGGCAUCAGCGACCAGGGUAUCCUCAACCGGAUGCUGCUCGGGUCCGCCUCGGAAGCGGCCAAACUUCUUGGCGUGGAAAAGUGAACAACAGCUUUAGCAGCGUCUCAACCCCCCCAAUUCUAGUCAUACGUUCUAGAAGUUGUUACGAUUUGAACAGAACAGAACAACGAUUGCAGGAUUUCCAAUUGUUUUUUUUCGCUUAACGAAACAAUUGAUCUACACAGCAGGCCUUUAACAUUGUAAAUAGAUUUCCCGUUUUUUUUUUUUUUUUGAACCACAAGUACUGAUUAGUUGUGCAAGGAGCAGUAAGUAGGCGCCGCCAGAUUUGAAUCAUUUUUUUGAAGUAAGUUAGUCUUAAGAGCAUCCAAGCAAACGACGUGUUGCCUGACAGAGAGAAGAAGUUGACAAGAUUUCAUUCAAGUGCUUUUUUUUCGGGUUAGUUUUUUUCUCGAAUAGUAACGGAAAAAGUGGUGUGACAAUUUACGAGCAUAGAUUUACGAAGCAAAAAUCAAAACUAAAGGUAGGUUAAAAUCCACAACCCCCCAAAAACCGAAAAAAAACCUGUAUAAUAUGAACAAAGCGAGGGCUUUUCAAACCAAAACAACCAAACCGAAGUGGCUUAAAAGUGAGUAGCGCGUGUGUGUAACUUUAUCUACUUAAGUGUAAUCAAACACACACAAUGCCUUAAGCGAGAGAAUCAAAAAAUCUUAUUCUGUCCUUUUUUUCCUACGUUAAAAUGUGCUAUUUUGUUUUAAGUUUGUUGCCAUUCUUUUGUUUUUGUUAGGUUUUUAUUCUAUCUUCUCCCCCUCCCCCUUUUUAUGACGUCCCUAAUCUUAGGCCAAUAUUCGAAAGACUGUUUAUUUCCUUCUGGUUGUUUUUAAUUUCGAUCAUUCCUAAUCUAGUUUUAAUUAAAAAAAAAAAACAAA